AUGUUAUCCACAGAUCAAACUUCGAACAAAAUACUAUUUAAAAUAGUUGCCGAUCAGAAUGCCCGCUCAGAUCGUGUCAAGGGAAUUGAUUUUCAUCCAACGGAACCUUGGGUACUUACCACCCUUUAUAGUGGAAAAGUUGAGAUAUGGUCAUACGAGACAGGCUCAGUUGUCAAAACAAUUGAUGUGACUAACGUCCCAGUUAGGGCCGGUAUUUUCAUUGCUCGCAAAAAUUGGAUUGUGGUUGGCUCAGACGAUUUUCAUAUCCGAGUUUACAACUAUAACACUGGAGACCGUGUUGCCCAAUUUGAAGCGCAUCCAGAUUAUAUUAGAUCCAUUGCGGCACAUCCAACAAGGCCAUACAUUCUAACUUCCUCAGAUGACUAUACGGUGAAGUUAUGGAAUUGGGACAACAAUUGGAAGCUUGAGCAAGUGUUCGAAGGGCACCAGCACUUUGUGAUGUGUGUCGCUUUCAAUCCAAAAGAUCCCAACACUUUUGCCUCAGCGUGCUUGGACAAAACUGUUAAAAUUUGGUCUUUGGGUUCGAAAGUUCCUAAUUUCACUUUGCUCGCUCCAGAAUCAAAAGGCUUCAAUUAUGUGGACUAUUAUCCGCAUGGCGAUAAACCUUAUUUGCUUACAUCUUCUGAUGACAAAUCUGUGAAGGUGUGGGACUACCAAACCAAAUCCUGUGUGGCCACAUUGGAAGGACAUUCAUCAAAUGUUUCAUUUGCAAUCUUCCACCCAGAGUUACCUCUCAUUAUAUCCGGAUCUGAAGAUGCGUCCAUCAAGAUUUGGAAUUCAAACACGUACAAAUUGGAGAAGUCUCUCAAUUACUCAAUGGAAAGAGCUUGGUGUGUUGCUGCUAGUCAAAAAUCAACACUCAUUGCUGUCGGGUUUGACACCGGACAUGUUGUUGUCAAACUUGGUGAUGACAAACCUCUGCUAUCCAUGGAUCCGAUGGGUAAGAUCAUUUACUCUAAGCAUACUGAUAUUUACAAUUCCGUGAUCAAAACAUCGGACGCCCAAUUGGAGGACGGUGAGAUAUUGCCUUUGACACAAAAAGAGUUAGGAAGUAUUGAGAUUUAUCCUAGCACAUUGAAUCAUUCCCCGAAUGGAAGGUUUGUCACUGUUACAGGUGAUAAUGAAUAUAUCAUCUACACAGCUCUUGCAUGGAGGAACAAAAUGUAUGGCCAAGCUCUCGACUUUGUUUGGGCACAGGACUCGAAUUAUUAUGCAACAAGAGAGUCUCAAUCUUCUGUCAAGAUUUUCAAAAACUUCAAAGAGAAGACCACGGGACAAAUUGACUUGAUUUACGCGGCUGAGAAGAUUUAUGGUGGAACCCUUCUGACUGUUAAGUCCGACGGAUUCAUAUCGCUGUACAACUGGGAUUCUGGCGAUCUUGUUAGAAGAAUAGAUGUGGAGGCUGAAGACGUCAUCUGGUCUGAAAAUGGAGAACUGGUUCUGAUUGUGUCAAACGAGACUGCUUUUGCGUUGAGAUUUGAUAAAGAUGUUUUCCAGGAACAUUUGUCCAACGGAACAAUUGACCCACAGGAGGGCUGCGAAGACUGUUUUGAAGUCCUUUACGAUGUUCAAGAUCAAAUAGUCAGUGGACAGUGGGUCGGGGAUGUUUUCAUCUAUACGUCCUCUUCCAACAGAUUGAACUAUCUUGUUGGCGGCUCGAUUAAUAACUUGGCUCACUUUGAUAAGACAAUGUUCCUGCUCGGAUACCUUCCAAGAGAUAACAAGGUUUACGUUUCUGACAAGGAUAUCAACAUUGUUUCAUAUGCUCUUUCACUGGCUGUCUUGGAAUUCCAAACUGUCGUUCUAAGAGGUGAUCUCGAACAAGCAGACGAGCUCAUAGGCAAUAUCGACGAAAAGGACAUCACCAAAAUUGCUCGAUUUUUGGAGCAACAAGGUUUCAAAGAGAAGGCCCUGGAGUUUACAAACGACUUGGAGCAGAAAUUUGAGCUUGCAAUCGAGACUUUGAAUCUUUCUUUGGCUCAGGAAAUUGCAGAAAAAGAUAACACCCCUCACAAGUGGAAGAAACUUGGUGAUGUUGCUCUUUCGAGCUGGAAUUUGAAACUGGCUAAUGAGGCGUUUAAGAAUUGCAAGGAUCACGCGUCAUUGCUUUUGCUGUACACAUCUUUCAACAAUGUCGAUGGACUGAAAACGCUCAGCGAGGAAUGCAUCAAGGCCGGAAAAUUCAAUCUUGCAUUCUCAGCUGCCUGGGCUGCAUCGGACCUCGAUACUUGUGCUUCUAUUCUUGAGAAGUCUGAUCGAUUUGCUGAAGCAGCGCUCUUGAGGAAGACAUAUUCCCAGGACAAAAGAUUGGUUGCUGAGGAGGUGGCAUUAUGGAAGAGCUAUCUCACUUCCAUAGGGAAGGAGAAAUUAAGCAACAGACUCUCUGUCGAAAGUGACAGCGAGAAUCAGAACUCCAUCGAAGUUGAGACAAUUCCAGCUCAGUUGAAUGGCAACCAUGAAAUCGAUUCAGUUGCGACUUAA